AUGGCCACUCCCUUCACCCCCAAGCAAGCCCUCCACGUCGACGGCGCUCUCCUACAAGAACUCCAAGGCAACGUCACCGACUCCAUCGCGCGCGAUCUGCUCCCAGACCUCCCACCCCUAACCUCCACCUCCGUCAUCCACGACAACGGCUGCGGCUACGGCGCCGUCACCAGAGCCAUCAUGGAGUCGAAUCCGCCCUCCGGGAUCCAAAUCCACGCCACAGACAUCAACCCCCUGUACCUAGCGCAGCUGCAAGCCAAACUCGCCGAGCGCCCGUCAUGGCCCGUGGAAGUCACGACGAUGGAUGCAUGCAAGCUGACGUUCCCGAACGGCAUGUUCGACCUGUCGCUAGCGACGUUUAUCUUCCCCGCGCUGAGCGACGACGUCGGCGCCGCGGCGCAUAUGCUGCGCACGUUGAAGCCGGGGGGCACGGGCGUGGUCGCGGUGUGGAAGGAGAUGCCGUGGCACGCUGCGCUGGAGAAGACGCACGUUAAGCUGUGCGGGGAGGACGAGCCCAUCGCGCCGCGUCUGGCCAGUGCGUGGUGGUAUAGGAAGGAGAAGAUUGAGCAGGUUGUCAGGGAUGCUGGGUGGAGGGAUGUGCGGUUUGUCCGGAAGGCGGCGUGGCUGAGUCUUGGGGUGGAUUUGAAGCGAUGGGCGACUAUCGCGUGGACUAGGCCCGCGCAAAAUGGAGAUGAGGUAUCAAAAGCACCGAUGAGGGGCAGCUAUCAACGCAGGUAUGGCCGCCUGUAG